AUGGCUGUCGUUAGAGGCUUCAUGUCAAAGGCCAUGCUCCGAAUUCCCAUGUUGAAGACCAUACAAUGGAAAUUUACGACUGUAAGAUGUGCUUCUGGACCUAUAAGGCGAGAUAUUACUGAAGGCCCCCCUCCACAAACCAAUGGAACACCUAAAACGGAAGCUGUGACGGAUGAGUACAGGCCAGGAAUUACCACAGGGCCCCCUCCACAAACCAAUCAAGUACCUCAAGCAGAAAUCUCAAAGUAA